AUGAAGGUAGACGUACAGCCCUAUGAUUACAACGACUAUCAUUUGGUGGCACAAAAUUCUGAAAUUAUCGAUCUGAGGAAGCUUGUGGCUCCAUUGCUGAAGAGUUUCCAGGCUGAGAUUGAUGCAUUAAGUAAGAGGAGUAAAGAGUCAGAGACGGCCUUUCUAAACGUCUAUAAACGACUGAUUGAUGUGCCGGAUCCGGUGCCGGCGUUGGAGCUGUCGCAGCAGCUGCAUCUGAAGCUCCAGAGGAUGCACGACAUAGACACGGAGAACCAGAAGCUGCGUGAGACGCUCGAGGAGUACAACAAAGAGUUUGCUGAGGUCAAGAACCAGGAGGUGACCAUUAAAACACUGAAGGAGAAGAUCAGAGAGUAUGAGCAGAGCAUGAGGAACCAGGCAGAGAAUCUGGCCCUGGAGAAACACCAACAGAUUCAUAAAAACUAUGAGGAGAAAGAGAGUUUGGUUCUCAGAGCUGAUGAGAUUGACAUGGUGAUGACUGAUCUGGAGCGAGCCAAUCAGAGAGCAGAAGCUGUUGAGAGGGAGGUUGAAGCUCUGAGAGAGCAGAUCACAUCAGCUAACAAAUCAUCCCCACUGCAGACACGGAUCGACUCGACUCCAUACACGGAUGAGAGUGCCGAGCUGGUGUCGCGCUCGAGUCUGGAGUCGGAGCUCAGUGCGAAGGAGCGCGAGAUGCUCCAGCUGGUUGAGGACGUCCAGAGACUGCAGGCCAGCCUCUCCACGCUCCGAGAGAGCUCAGCCGCACAGAUCAGCCAGCUACAGCAGCAGCUCAAGAGCCAGACCGCCACGCUCCAGCUACUGGAGGAGAAGCUGCAGACACAGACAGACUAUGAGGAGGUGAAGAAAGAGCUCAGCAUCCUGAAGUCGAUGGAGUUUGGGCCGUGUGACAGCUCCACAGCGCAGGACUCAUGUAAACCGUUAGAGGUGUUGCUGCUGGAGAAGAACCGCAGCCUGCAGUCUGAGAGCGCGUCUCUGCGCAUCGCUAACACUGAGCUCAGCAGUGAGUCUGUUUUUAAUCAAGAGGAAAUACCAACAUCUCAAAAACUGCUUGACAAUUCACAUUUCAAUAACAUAUUUCAAAUCAGCCAUAAAAUGUGUGUGUGUGUCUUCAUCCAGACGAUGUCACGGCCUGACGCUGAGGGUGCAGACAGCAGUGUGGUGAGCAUCCCCGAGCCAAUUAAAGAGGCCACCGCUCUGUUCUCAGGAGUGGGCGGCUCUCCUCAGACGGAUCUUCCUCAGGGUCAGAUGGAUUCUCUGCUGUCCAUCAUCUCCAGUCAGAGGGAGAGAUAUCGCUCACGUAACCAGGAGCUGGAGGCCGCGAACAGCUCCCUUCAGCAGACCGCACAGGCUCUUCAGAGCCAGCUGGACAGUCUGCGCGCUGACAACAUCAAGCUCUACGAGAAGAUCAAGUUUCUGCAGAGCUACCCAAACAGAUCUGGAGACAGUGAUGAUACAGUGAUGCGCUACUCGUCUCAGUAUGAGGAGAGACUCGAUCCCUUCGCCUCCUUCAGCAAAAAGGAGCGUCACCGGAGAUAUCAGAGCCUCAGCCCGUGGGACAAGGCCACGCUCAGUCUGGGUCGUGUGAUCCUCUCCAAUAAGACGGCCAGAACUGUGGCGUUCUUCUACACGCUGAUGCUGCACUGCCUCGUCUUCCUGGUGCUGUAUAAAGCCGCCUGGAGUGAAAGUAUCAGUCGGGACUGUGCUGCAUUUUGUGCAAAAAAAUACUCAGACCACCUGCACCAUUUCCAUGAGACUGGAGAUGUGUGGCAGUAGCGGCGUCUAUCCACUAGAGAGAGCUGUUCACAUCAAUCACAUGUUCAUGACAUGAAAAUCAUAGCUUGUCGUACUAGGACCAGGUUAGUUGGGGAAUAUACUGGGUUAAAUAUUAAACUGACAGGAGGUUUAAAGGCUUGAUGCUGUUAAUUUACAUGAUGAGAUGUUCUGCAAGCCAUGUGUUGAGCAUUUUCUCUCUGUUACCAUCGAUUUGACUUGAAAUCAGUCAUCUCUAACAUCUGUAACACCUGCCCAGGGCUGAUCUGUUGCUCUUGCAUACAUUGAUUAUAACGCUUUACAAAAACAUCGGUGGUUUUGGUUUAUUUAACUUUGUGCCAGUCUGCCAGAUACUUAGACGCAAAGCAAUCUGACACAAUAUUUAUAUCCCUUCAUUUUGUAUAUUCAACUAUUGGGACUAAAGGUGUAGUCUCUUGAAAUUAAAUUUAAGCUUUCAAGGGAA